AUGUCCAUAUGUCCAUCUAGGUUAGCUCAAAAACUAUCGGUUCUAGAAAGUUUACCAAUUAUACAGUCGUUGGUAAAAAUUCAAACGUUACGGCAGAAGUACCCGUAUAGACAACUGAUUUAUUUUUUUAAAUCUACCUACAACAACGGGUUAUGUGGGACUCCUCCUGUAACCCCCGAAGAGGUUAGACAAGAAACAGGAGUUUACCCACUAAAACUCAGCGAUGUCCCUCGCAUGGAAGGCGAUAUUCUUAUAAUUUGCACGCUUGUGAUUGCUGUAAGCUUAGCUGAACCGCCUGUUAAUAACAGAUACCUACCUCCUCAGCGUGGAUUCAGUGGCGGCUUGUCGUCGCCAUCUCAGUCAUACGGAGCUCCAUUUGGUGGACAGAGGCAGACGGACGCUGUGUUUGGAAGCCGACCAUCGUCCUCCUACGGUACCCCAUCAUUCAAUUCCCGUUCCACACGUCCUUCAUCCCAAUACGGUCUUCCUAGCCACUCUAGGUCAAAUCUGCAAGCGCCAUCCAGCCAAUACUUACCAGCGAGAAUAAGCCAAACACCAUCUACGCAAUAUGGGACACCUAGAUCAACUAAUUACCAAGCAUCACAAUUUGCAUCCAGAAACCAAGCUCCUUCUACUCAAUACGGUGCACCAAGCUUCCAAGCUCCUUCUACUCAGUAUGGAGCACCUAAUGACUUCCAAGCUCCAUCCAGCCAGUUCGAACAGCCGUCAACGCAAUACGGAGCACCUGGAUUAGGCAGGUCUACCCCUUCACAGCAAUAUGGCGCGCCCGCCCUUGGUGGCAACCAAUACUCUCUCAAUGGUGGCUCCAGUUUUGGAGGCACAGAGAGAUCUUACUUGCCACCGUCUGCAAGACGUACUGGUUACGCCGGCGAUGAUGAAGCGAACUCGGAACCAGCAAACUACAACUUCGAAUACAUGGUGAAGGACGAGCAGUCUGGUAAUGACUUCGGACACCGCGAGUCCAGACAAGGAGACAGAGCUGAAGGCCUAUACUACGUCGUGCUGCCCGAUGGAAGGAAACAGACUGUGGAGUAUGAGGCUGACGAGAACGGUUACAAGCCUAGAAUAUCCUAUGAAGACACUGGCUUAGGAUCUGCUGGAUACAACAGGAACAGCCAGUCUGGUUACCCGGAUUAUCAGAACCAAGGAGGUCCUUACUAAUGAUUUAUUCUAAUAAAAACAUUAUACCUCCAUAUGAAACGUAAGACCAUUUAUAUCUGCUUGUCAUAACAUUCGUUUCCUGUAAAAAUCACCUUUUGCUAGAGUCGCCAUCUAGUGAGGUACAUUUUUAGUGAUUUCUUUUUUAAUACUUCCUAAUUACAAACAAAUACUCAAAUAUUGUGGUCUAUAUAUAAGACUUAAAAUACCGUUAGCAAUUUUGACAUAAUAAGUCAUAAUUGAAAUGUAAUUUUAUAUUUAGCUAUAUUUAAUAGAAACGUAAAUAAGAUUAAACGACGACAUUCGCUAUAAAAAAGGACUCCGUGCAAUAGCCCUUGUAUAUAACCUAAUACUUUAAUAGUUAUAAGUCUCACCUUUAGAAGUAACCAUCUAAGUACAAAAAUAUUUUUAUACUUAAAUUUUUAUUAUAAUGUAAAGUCUUUCUAUACUUCUAUUGUUUAGAGAAAUUCUAAUGCCAAUAUGUAUAUUUUCUUAAUAUUAUUUUUUCUUCAUUUUAGACUCAUAUACCCACCUCUUAUAUAAUUUUAACUAUUAUUAUCCUUUUUUAACUAUCAAUAAAUUAUUGUUAGUAACAAAUUGUGAAUUGUAAAUAAAUGAAACUUACCAAUAUCGAAAAAUCCAUGAUUUUUGUUUACACCCUGCCUUUUAAAGUAUAAGUGGAAUUGAGUCAUUUUCUAUAUCUUAUAAAGGAAAGCUAAUAAAAGGCAAAAUAAAAAUCAGAUGUAUAUUUAAUAAUUAUUUAUUGUUUUCAUUUACUCAUAUCACGCAUCAUAUUACUUAUCUACACCAAUCAGUUAUUCAAUUUACAAAAAGAACACAAACAUUACGUUUGAGUUGUCAACUAUUUAAAUAAUUAACACUUCAUUUAUCCAAACGCAAAAUACUUUUUGUUACAACUUAGCUAAAACAGCGACCUUUCAAAAAAAAUAAUUUAUAUCCCUGUUCACCCUGCCUGACAGGUUUAUAGAAGGUAAAUAAUUUUUUUGUUGAUAUUAAUCGAUAAAUUCUCAUCUUCAUGAGAAGAGUUAAAUGUGUUUUAUUAAAAACACCUCUGUAACCUAUUUAUAAAUAAUGUCAAAAUAACAACUGUCAAAAAUUUAUAGUGAACCAGUGACAAAGAAUUCGUUAUAUAUAAUCUAUACUAAUAUUAAAAGAAGAAAGAUUCAUUGUUUGUUUGCGUCCAAUAGG